AUGCUCCGCCCCUAUCACCUUCUCCUUGCGGUGUUCUGCCAUGUGUGUAUUGCGUACACCAUCUCCGGCCAGCUCUCCAAUGUCACGACCUACGACCCGGCCCGGAUCUUCAUCCGCCUUGUCUCGCUAGAGGACUUUUCUGUACAGCAGACGACCCUCCACACAGACUAUUCUUUCCUGUUCGAGGUUGCGGAGAAUUCCGAACACGAGUUGUUUGUGGAAUCGCUCGACUACCAAUUCGUGCCGAAUCGCGUGUUUGUGGAGGUGGUUGAGGACGAGGUCAGGGGCUACAGACACUCUCCAGGGACGCCGUACGUGGCCAAUAACAAUACCGAGGUAGCAUUGCCGCUCGCGGUUGAGGUGGAAAGGCCGCGCCAGUAUCUCGAGGUGAGAAACGACGGCUUGUUCCAGAGCGGCCCGUUAGCCGCGAUCUGGAACAACAAGCUUAUGCUAUUCGGGAUCUUGGUGACUGGUGCGAUCCUUUUCGGUCCGUCCGUUUUGGAAAUGGUGAACCCGGAGUAUAUUGAAACGUUCAAGGAUGCGCAGAGACAGGGCAUGCAGACCCCCCAGGGUAUCAAAUUGGAUUAG